AUGGCACACGAUCACAAGGUGCUCGACGCGCUGGACGCAGCAAAGACACAGUGGUACCACUUCACGGCGGUGGUGAUAGCCGGCAUGGGCUUCUUCACCGACGCCUACGACCUCUUCUCCAUCUCGCUCGUCACCAAGCUCCUCGGCCGCAUCUACUACUUCAACCCCAACUCCAAGACCCCCGGCUCCCUCCCGCCCAACGUCUCUGCCGCGGUCAACGGCGUGGCGUUCUGCGGUACGCUCGCCGGCCAGCUCUUCUUCGGCUGGCUGGGCGACAAGAUGGGCCGCAAGAAGGUGUACAGCAUGACGCUGAUGCUCAUGGUCGUCUGCUGCCUCGCGUCCGGCCUCUCGUUCGGGUCCACGCCCAAGGGCGUCAUGGCCACGCUCUGCUUCUUCCGCUUCUGGCUCGGCUUCGGCAUCGGCGGCGACUACCCGCUGUCCGCGACCAUCAUGUCCGAGUACGCCAACAAGCGGACGCGCGGCGCGUUCAUCGCCGCCGUCUUCUCCAUGCAGGGCUUCGGAAACCUCACCGGUGGCAUCGUCGCCAUCGUCGUCUCGGCGGCGUUCAAGGCUCGCUUCGACGCGCCGGCGUACAGCGACGACCCCGCCGGGUCCACGGUGCCGCAGGCCGACUACGCGUGGCGCAUCGUCCUCAUGUUCGGCGCCAUCCCGGCGCUGCUCACCUACUACUGGCGCAUGAAGAUGCCCGAGACGGCGCGGUACACCGCGCUAGUCGCUAAGAACGCCAAGCAGGCGACGUCUGACAUGGCGCGUGUGCUCAACGUCGAGCUCGCCGAGGAACAGCAGAAGGCGAAGGCGGAGAAAGCGCUCGAGCGGCGCCGCGAGGAGUACGGGCUCUUCUCCCGGCAGUUUGCCAAGCGGCACGGCCUGCACCUACUGGGCACGACGGUGUGCUGGUUCACACUGGACAUCGCCUUCUACUCGCAGAACCUGUUCCAGAAGGACAUCUACGCCGCCGUGAACUGGCUGCCCAGGGCGGACACCAUGAACGCCCUAGAGGAGAUGUUCAAGAUCUCCCGCGCGCAGACGCUCGUCGCGCUGUGCGGCACCAUCCCGGGCUACUGGUUCACCGUCUUCUUCAUUGACAUCAUCGGCCGCUUCGCCAUCCAGCUCGGCGGCUUCUUCUUCAUGACGGCGUUCAUGCUCGGCCUCGCCAUCCCGUACCACCACUGGACCACGCCAGGGCACCACGUCGGUUUCGUCGUCAUGUACGCGUUCACCUUCUUCUUCGCCAACUUCGGUCCAAACUCCACCACCUUCGUCGUGCCGGCAGAGAUCUUCCCAGCAAGGCUGCGGUCCACCUGCCACGGCAUCUCUUCAGCUGCAGGGAAGUCUGGCGCUAUUGUCGGGUCAUUCGGGUUCCUGUACGCGGCGCAGAGCACGGAUCCCACGAAGACCGACGCAGGGUACCCGCCGGGCAUCGGAGUGCGCAACUCGCUGUUCAUGCUCGCCGGAUGCAAUGUCAUCGGCUUCCUGUUCACGUUCCUUGUGCCGGAGUCCAAGGGGAAGUCGCUGGAGGAGCUCUCCGGCGAGAACAAGGACGAGGAGGCAGCAGCACCUGGCCAGAGUAACCAGCAGACCGUGCCGACAGAUUUCAGUGAAUAA